AAUAUUACAAGAAUGAAUGAUCUAUGGGGAUUGUCUACUUCCAAUUUUAGACAAAAAGAAACUUUAAAAAACCCAAUUACUAAUAAAAAAAAUAUUGUUAGAAAUCAUCUUAAAAAUUAUGAACACUUUCAUGCAAAAAGAAGGUCAAAAGAAGCAGUAAGGUCAUAUUGUAAUAAAACAGAUGAUGAAGAGCUGGCUUCACAAACUUCAAAAAAACACCAAAACUCUGACACAUCAGUAGAUGAUAUAAAUGAUGAAACUCUUAGUGUUUCUUCAACACCUUUAACACCUAAAAAACCAAGAAAAAAAGCAUCAAAAUCUAAUAUUAUGUCUAAUUUCAUUGUCAAAGAUGUUGCCGUAAAAGACAAACCUAAAUUUGAGAAACUACUUACCCUUUCAACUAAACAAGCUUUAUCGAAUUGUAUUCUUGAUGCUAAACAAAAUAACUUCGUAAAAUCACAUGAACAAAAGUUAGAAAGAAAUAGCAUUGGAGUUACCUUAGUAUUUGAUAGUGAUACAUCAAUUAUAGGAGCAAAACUAUUAGCAAUAGUUUCUGAUAGCACACCUGCAUAUGCUGCUACUAGCACACCACCAAUUGGUAAAACUAUAAAUGUACAAAAUGAAUUUGAAGCAGAUCUGAAUAAAGAACACAACAGGUUGUAUGAUAUAGAACUAUUAAAUCUUGAGGAUUGGAAAAAUCAAUUACGUGAUUGGGAACAAAUGCUAACAAAUGAAGAGGUUGCCAGAUUAGAAGGUAAAGAGGAAGAACAUGAUAAUCAUAACAAUAUAGAAAGUGAUUUGCUGAGCAAUUAUAAACAUCUGGCAGUAGACAACAAUACAAAAUGGAAAUUAGAGAGUUUAUUUAGUAUAUUAUUUCAAAUGCCAAACUAUAUGAAUAACAAUAAUUAG